GAACUUUAUAAUACCAAAAGAGAAAUAGAAUUACCAAAAGCGAUGCAAGACCCGGAAAUAAGCCCCUAUCAAACAAAAAAAAAAAGAAAGGCAAAAAACUACAAGACAAAAAAAUUAGAGGCUCUCCAGAAACAUCGAAGCAAGACCCAGGGACAUACUCCACAAACCUCAAAAUAUCUAAAAAAAAGAAGAAAAG